AUGAAGUGGACGAAAGAAAUCAUCCGCGCGCGAAACACCCUCCUCAGAAAGCAUUAUGCGCAAUUCGACGGUCUUCUUGAAGAUGGACCGGAGUGGAAUACGCUCGCCCGUUCCGGAACAGUAUGGGACAAGAUCUACCAGAUACGAAAUGCAGCACCCUGGAGAAAUGCGCAACACCAAAUGCGUCGAGAACUUGCAUACUUGGAUACGAUGCGAAAAGAUUUCCAGCUAAGAGCUGAGGACACAUCACCAUCAAAGAUCAUGCAAGAUACUACAAUGUUUUGUAGUAACGUGCUUGCAAACUUUUCUUGGAGAAGCUGCGCCAUAGAACACAACAGUCUAUCGUUAGCGACCGCAAAGAAGGUCGAAGCGGCCAUACCAUUGCAAAAAGACGGUGGAAGCGCGUUGCUCAACGCGAUGAAUUUGCGGCUUCCAUCCUCGAGCGAGUUGAUAAAACUCGACAACGGCGAGGAGUCCAAGGAGAUAGAGUAUCUCGAACUGCGCAACAACAUUGUUGCACUACAGGCUGUACUAUCGAGUACAUAUAUCGAGCGAGCAUCAACCCCGGAGAACCUCCUAGAGGACAUACGGAUGAUAUCAAGGAUACUGUUUCGGGGCAUGCAGAUUCCGUUCAAGGCUGGCUUGAUCCGCCACAUGCCAAUCCAGGUUCGGUCGAACCCAAAGGCCAUAUUCCCCUAUCCAGGCGAAGUGGAAGCGAAUCUGGAAAGGUGGUCAAGGUUCGCUGCGCACGACCAAGAGGACAUACAUCCUCUGAUCAAGGGUGUAUGGGACACUCUGUACUACGUCAGCGUCCAUCCAUUCCCAGAUGGCAACGGCCGAACAUCACGCCUCUUGUUCGCUACACACGUCGCCAGACAUGGCAUGAUCCCUGCUAUAUGCACCGACGGGCUCUCCACAGAGCAGUACCUUAAGAAUGUGUACAGCGCCAUGACAAACAAUCCGCUCCCAUGGUGCAAGGAUGUGAUCCUCGCGCAAAUCGAAGUGCUGGAGAGACAACGGUGA